UCCACCUCAGACAAAAACAGGGAUUGAGGCAGGGUCGUGUACUGUUGUUUAGAAGCGGACACGGGAGUGACACGCACCAUUGCGUAGAGACAAUCUUCGUCGACAGAUAAGGUCUGCAAGCAAUAUCUGGUUCUGACAGAAUGGGACCCUUCCAGGACUACGAGGAAAAGAAGUCGCCAGAGAAACAGAGUCCACGCAGCCGCAUCCCCCGUCCUGUCCUCUCCCCGCCACCCGUACCCAAAGGAAAACGUUCGCCCUUGCCCGAGCAUCCGUUUUCUGAGGAGGAAACCAAGGAAUGCGACAUCAGUUCACAGCUCUCAAAGAGAACAAUCAGUCCAAAUAGUUUCUCCUCCGAUGACACUGGAUGCCCGAGCAGUCAGUCCGCCUCGCCUGCCAAGACACCGUCAGGCUCCGACAACAGUCCCCUAUGCUCCCCGGCUCUCUGUGAGCGCAACGCCCAGACCAAGAGGGUGAGGGUGGAUGUCAUGGCCGAAUGGAGCACACCUCCAACCAAGCUCAAGAGGGAGCAACACUCAUCCAAUCGACCCAGAGGUAGCGAGGCAGACUUCAGUUCCUCCAGUAGUGGAAGCAUCAAGACCAGAGAAACUUUGUCCAGCUCCACAGGGAAAAAGCUAUCUUCACGCAGUCGCGGAACCCACAUCAGAAGCUUGCCUGUGUUUAGGCCACCCGGGAACCCUAGUGCCUCCCGAGACUCCGAGCUCUAUGCGCCUUUCAGGACACCCCCUAAAGCCCCCUCCUCUUCCACCAACAGCAGCAGCAACUCCAGUCCCACCACCAGACGUGCGCGCACCACACGGUACCACUCGUGCGGAGACAAUCAUGGCAUCAAGCCCCCAAACCCCGAGCAAUACCUGACCCCCCUGCAACAGAAGGAAGUGACCAUCCGGCACCUGCGGAGCAAGCUGAGAGAGUCUGAGAACAUUGUCCAUGACCGGGAGUCUGAGAUUGAGGAGCUGAAGGGGCAGCUAGGGCGCAUGCGGGAGGACUGGAUCGAGGAGGAGUGCCAUCGGGUGGAGGCGCAGCUGUCCCUGAAGGAGGCGCGCAAGGAGAUCAAGCAGUUGCGCCAGGUGGUGGAGACCAUGAAGAACAGCUUGAUGGAGAAGGACAAAGGCAUCCAGAAGUACUUUAUCGACAUCAACAUCCAGAACCGCAAGCUGGAGUCCCUCCUGCAUAGCAUGGAGCUGGCCCAGAGUGGUUCCAACCUGGAUGAACCCACCCUGGACUAUAUCUGUGACUCGCCAGAAAAGUGUCCUACAUACAAGAUGGAGGGGGAGGAGGAACAUGAUGAAGAGGUCAGGAGAGAGGGGCCUCAGAAGGAGAUGGCGGACAGUGGACUACUGGCUAAUGAUGAGAUGGCCAACCGGACAGGCAUCCUAGAGCAGGUCCUCAUGUCCACAGCCAUGGACUGCAGCCAGAACACUAGCACCAAGCACAUGCCACAGCCUGAACUCUCCACACUGGGACACAGCGAUUUGGAGGAGCACACCAUCGACCAAUCCUCCUCUCCAGAACCUCCAUUACCAGUACUACUACUGCAACCACCCCCACAAGCACCACAGGCAACAAUCAUACUGUGCAAAGCAGAGCACAAAGAGGUCCAAACCGAGGACCUGGGCUACACUCCCGACCUGCAAGCACUCCUUUUGCAGCUGCUGAAGCUCCAGGGUGACGGAGCCCCCAAUUCCGCUCUCUUCUCGUCCAGCAACAUCCUACAAUUCCCAGCCCUGCACGAUUCCAACCCGGCUAAGAGCGCCGACGGGACCCCAGCCUAUCCCGCUCCCUCCGUGACUCCGGGGAGCUCCAGCGAUUCGGGCCUAGACUGCUCCGAGCACAAGCCGGAGUCGCUGAGCCCGCGCUUCAUGGAGGAGCUGGAUUUCGGGGUGCAGAAGGGGGUGGACUCGUGCGGGGCUCCGUCAGUGACUGUUGUGGAGAGGCGGUACUGGAGCAACAGCUUCCUGGUCGAUCUGGUGGCGGUGGCGGCACCGGUGAUCCCCACUGUGGCCUGGCUGUACUCCCGGCACGGGAUUGGUGGGGGAGCACCGGUGUACAAUAUCGCCUCACUAAUCCGAGGCUGUUGCAUCAUGGGAUUGCACACUCUCCGCCAUGUUACUCAUGGCCCCGACAUCUGAUUCGUACUCAUCCUCCCCCGCAUGCACUAUCUGACCCCAACAAGAGCACUUAAUCGUCCGCUAAACCUAGAUCAUUUGUUAUUGUGUGUUUCCUUUGUUUUGUACAGUUGUAUAUAAAAUCACAUAAUAUAUUUUGCUGCAUUGUUUUUGUUUCUUUGCACUCUUGUAAAGUUGCCGUAGUUUAAGGCAAAACGUUAAAUGAAAGGGAUUUGUGUGUUUCUUUUGUUAGUAGUUCUUAGACAUGUUGUUUAAGUUGAUUAAUUUGUAAUUCAUCAUCUGUUUAGAUGAUUUGUUGUACUUGUGCAAUUCUUGGCCUAGUUCAUUUGUUCCCUGCUUUUAUAUGAAGAAUGAGUGGAGAGUUGUGUGAUUUGACUGACCCUUGUAAAGUUGCACUCCAGUGAAAUUAAGGACCGCUGUUAAUGUUUUGCUUCAGUAAAAGAAGUGUUCCAAAAAAGUGUUCCUCCUGCCAAAGCUUUUUGUCCCUCACAAAUUGUGCUUGGUGACAUGUAUUUUUUCUCCUUGAGGUUAGAGCUUUUUACAUGUUCCUAUUUGUGUACCAACCUGUUUGCGAUGAGCCAAUGCUACAGUACAACUGAACACUUGUAAUGUGCCUGAGCAAUGUGCAAUACUAUUGUUUAUCAGAUGUCCUAAUAUAUUUAUUAUUAAAGCAUGGAACCCCAA